UCUUGUCGGUUAAUACACUUGCUGAAUACAGGAGAUCUCUAGAUAUAACAAAAUCAUCAGACAUCUCCCAGUGCAGGUCUAUAAAUAUCCUGUCUUUAGGUGCUGGCUUUGACUCCUUAUACUUCCGUUUGAAGGACAUGGGUCUUCUGCAUCACACUGUGGUAUAUGAGGUGGAUUUUCCAAAUGUGGCAUGCCAAAAAGCUACUCUGAUCAAAAGAAUGAGAGAGUUGUCAGCGCUGGUGGGAGAUAUUGGAGAGGAAGGAUUAGGAGUCAUUGCCUUUUCUGGAGAGGAUUAUAAAUUACUGGGAGUGGAUUUAUCAGAGCUGUCUGAGCUGGAGAGAGCCCUGGAGGAAGCCGGACUGGACAAUGAAAUCCCCAUCCUCUUCAUAGCAGAGGUGGUGCUCACCUACAUGGAAAACAGCAGGUCAGAUGCAUUGAUUCAGUGGGCGGCAGAGCGUUUCUCUCAGGCAUGCUUUCUGCUGUAUGAGCAGAUGCACCCAGAGGACCCCUUUGGACGUGUCAUGCAGCAGCAUUUUAGCCAGCUGAACUCUGCGCUUCGUUCUUUGGCACAGUACCCUGAUUGUGAGGCACAGCAGAGGCGCUUUUUUGAAAAGGGCUGGACUGAGUGCAGUGUCAUGGAUAUGAAUGAGUUUUUCACCUGUUGUACUCCAGAAGAUGAGCAGAAAAGAGUGCAGGCGCUGGAGCCUUUUGAUGAAUAUGAGGAAUGGCAUCUGAAAUGUUCCCAUUACUUUGUCUUGACUGCAUCAAAGGGGAUGGAACCUUCCUGGACUCCAUUGUUAUCCAAUAUGACAG